AUGAUGGAGUAUUGGAGGCAGUGCGCGCUGUGGUUAAUAAACUGCAAGGUGCUUCCAGUUAACCACCGGGUUACAUGGGAGUCUGCACAGGUAUUUGACUUGGCACAAACCCUCCGGGAUGGGGUCCUCCUCUGCCACCUGCUCAACAACAUGAGACCCCAGUCCAUCAACCUAAAGGAGAUUAACCUCCGGCCUCAAAUGUCACAGUUCCUGUGCCUGAAGAAUAUCAGGACCUUCCUGGCAGCAUGCAGCGACAUAUUCGGCAUGAAGAAAAGUGAGCUGUUUGAGGCCUUCGACCUUUUUGACGUCAGGGACUUUGGAAAGGUUAUGGACACACUAUCUAAACUUUCUCACACAGCGAUCGCACAGCAAACUGGACUCAGGCCUUUUCCUACAGAAGAGAGUGUUGAAGAUGAGGAUAUCUACAACCACUUGGAAGACCUUAUAGAUGAGAACGGGGUGGAGGAUGAGGACGAUCUCUACGACUGCGUGUAUGACGAUGAAGAUGGCGGAGAGAUCUAUGAGGACCUGAUGAAGACAGAAGUCAUCCCUCCUCCGACGUUCCAGAAACAGGUGGAGACUGACAUCAGGAGUUGCUGUUUAACAGAGAUCAAGCAGACAGAGGAGAAAUACACUGAAACCCUGGAGUCUAUAGAGAAGCACUUCAUGACGCCCCUCACCACGUUUUUAACCCAUGUCGAGAUGGAAAAUGUGUUUGUGAACGUCCCGGAACUGGUUAAAGUUCACAAAGGUUUACUAGUGGAAAUCCAAGAGUCAGUCCAACAGAGAAGUGCCCAGAACCUUUACCAGAUAUUCAUCACGUUCAAAGAGAGGUUGCUGAUCUACGGGAAAUACUGCAGCCAUGUGGAGACGUCCAUCGCCACUCUGGACACCAUCUGCAAAGACAGAGAGGACGUACGCAUGAAGCUAGAGGAAUGUUCAAAGAGAGCCAACUAUGGCAAGUUCACACUGAGGGAUCUGCUUGUGGUUCCUAUGCAGCGAGUCUUGAAGUAUCACCUUCUUCUGCAGGAGCUGAUGAAACACACUCAUGAUGCCACAGACAAGACCAAUCUGCGGAAAGCACUGGACGCAAUGAAGGACUUGGCUCAGUAUGUCAACGAAGUCAAGAGAGACAAUGAGACGUUGCGAGAAAUAGAUCAGUACCAGAGAUCCAUCGAAAACCUGAAUCAACCUCUGAUUAACUACGGGAGACCCAAAGUCGACGGGGAGGUACGGGUGGCCUCAGUGGACAAACGAGCCAAACAGGACAGACACAUCUUCCUGUUCGAUGCUGCGGUGAUCGUUUGUAAGCGGCGAGGAGACAACUACGAGAUGAAAGAAGUGAUCGACCUGCACCUCUUCAAGAUCACAAACAACCCCACAUCGGACAAGGAGAACCGAAAGUGGUCCUACGGAUUCUACCUCACUCACAACCAGGGCCAGAGCGGCUUUGAAUUCUUCUUCAAGACCAAAGAGCUGAAAAAGAAGUGGCUGGAACAGUUUGGCAUGGCCAUAUCCAACAUUCGUCCUGAGAAUGCAACAAGCAACCACCAUGACUUUCACAUGCACACCUUUGACAGAAUCACCUCCUGCAAUUCUUGCCACAUGCUACUGAGGGGCAUCUUUAACCAGGGCUACCUGUGCUCCAAGUGUGGUUUAGGUGCUCAUAAAGAAUGUCUGGGCCGCUUGGGCUCCUGUGGAAAAACAGAUCCUGGCUCCGUCAGAACUCAGGGCAAAGAUCGAGACCCAGGUUUGCCCAAGAUGGUGGUUAUCAGGAACUACUUCGGUGUGCCGAGCCCCUCUUCUGGUCCAGCACUCAACAUCCAGACGGGUGACAUCAUCGAAUUAAUCUGCGCCGACCUUCACUGCCCCUGGUGGCAGGGUAAAAUCCUGUCGACGAAAGAGGUUGGCUUCUUUCCAAGCGACGCUGUGAAGCCUUGCCCAUGUGUCCCGAAGCCCGUCGAUUACUCCACUCAACCUUGGUUCGCAGGGCCCAUGGAGAGGCUCCAGGCAGAGGCAGAACUCAUCAACAGGGUCAACAGCACCUACCUAGUCCGGCAUCGCAGCAGAGAGUUCACAGAAUACGCCAUCAGCAUAAAGUACAACAACGACGUGAAGCACAUAAAGAUCCUGACGAAGGAGGGCUGCUUCUACAUCGCAGAGAACAAGAAGUUCAGGAGCAUAUUAGAGCUGAUUGAGUACUACAAACACCACUCCCUGAGAGAAGGUUUCAGGAGUUUGGACACAACGUUGCAGUUUCCUUACCGGGAACCAGAGAAUGCUGCUAUGCACCGCAUCAACCGGUUGGGUGGCAACAUGUUCGCUCCCAAAGUGAUCGGCGUGGCGAUAGCGCGGUACGACUUCAGCUCACGUGACACCCGGGAGCUCUCACUACAGGAGGGUGACGUGGUGAAGAUCUACACAAAGUCAGGAGCCAAUGGGUGGUGGAGGGGCGAGGUCAACGGCAGGGUUGGCUGGUUUCCGUCCACAUACGUAGAGGAGGGCGAAGAGUGAGCGGUCCGACGCGGGAAGAAGAAUAAGAUGAAAAGAAGGACGGCAGCAGCGGAGUGAGCGGGCCGAGCGCAGAACGGCAACAAAACAAAACUAUUAAAAGCGCCGUCAGCUCCUGCACCGCUGCUUGCUCCUGUGUUCCUUUUUCAAAGCGGAGCAGCACACAGCUUCACCCUCCUGUGAUGGAGCCCUGCUGCAUGCAACCAAUCCCAGCGGCCUUUUUGGGAGAGGAAAAAAAGGGCUACAGUACAUUGCAUAGGCAAAGAUGCCCGAUCAUUUCUGGUUGACUCUGUGUGGCUAAGUGACUCCACCAACUAGCAGCUUGCCUGUCAGCGGGGCACCAGCCCUCGUCAGA